UACCCCCGGAAGUGAAUAUUGUAGGCGGUUACUCUUCAAAGACGGAAAUUAAAAGUUGAGUUUUUACGAAUAAUUCUGGUUUAAUUGCAAUUUUAGGCAUAAUUAUGAUUUAAAUUUAAGUGUAUAAUGAUGCAUCACAACAGGGAAGGUGUGCCCUGUAACACCGUUAGUGGGCGGCCAUGAAUGGAUUUCAUGUAUUUAUUAGGCUGUUGGUGUCAUGUUGUCGCCGUGAAGCACGACCUCAAGCCGGGUACUUCGUCAGGUUGUCGCCGUGAAACACGACCACAAGUCGGGUACUUCGUCAGGUUGUCGCCGUGAAGCACCACCACAAGCCGGGUACUUGGUCAGGUUGUCGCCGUGAAGCACGACCACAAGUCGGGUACUUCGUCAGGUUGCCGCCGUGAAGCACGACCACAAGCCGGGUGCUUUGUCAGGUUGUCGCCGUGUAACACGACCACAAGCCGGGUACUUUGUGUCUGCUCCCCGCCUCCAGUAUCACCCCCACCACUACUACAUGUUCCAGCCAAGGACACGUAGUAGUUUGCUGGGAGCCGCACAACAGAGACGGCCAUCAUGGGCAAAUUCAACCGGCGUUUUAAAGCAUUGCCGCAGGGCAAGGACUGUGACCGGCCCAUGUGGCGUCGUGUCCGGGUGCUGAUGCUAUGUCUCCUCGUUGUGCUGCUGCUCUCGCUGGGGGUCGGAGUCUACCACCUGUCCAACAACUCCAUCGCCAUCGGACAUGCUGACCGAAUCCUGGCUGCGGAUCUGACCAAGGACCGGUUGCUGCACAAACCCAGUAAGUCUUCUCCAGCUCAAAUCCGCCGUUUAGCGUCCCAAGUGGACGGGACUCGCCUGUGGGAGACUCACCUGAAGCCCAUCCUGAUAGAAAGGCUUCCUGGCACAGGAGGCAGCCUGGUGGUACAGCAGCACAUCACCUCCGCCUUGUCUUCCCUGUCUGCCGGCUGGGACGUCCACUUGGACUCCUUCCGAUCGCCGACUCCUCGUGGGAAAGUCACUUUCACUAACAUUGUUGCCACCCUGGACCCUUCAGCUCCCCGUCGGCUGCUGCUGGCUUGCCAUUACGACUCCAAAGCGCUGCCUGCAGACAGACGCGCCCCAAAGAGGGUUUUUCUUGGGGCGAGUGACUCAGCGGUGCCCUGUGCUAUGAUCCUGGAACUGGCGACCUCUCUGGAUAAUCAACUUAGGUCCUUCAAAGAACAGAAGCUUCCGUUAUCCGUUCAGCUUGUGUUCUUCGAUGGGGAAGAGUCCUUUGAAGAAUGGACCGCCACUGACUCGUUGUACGGCUCCCGUCACAUGGCGGAGCGCAUGGCCCGCACGCCUCACUCUGCAGGCAGCACAGACACCAUGCUGCAAGCUGUGGAUCUCUUUGUGCUGCUAGACCUUCUCGGUGGUCCUGAUCCACUGAUUGUAAACCACUUUGACAACACGGCACGCUGGUUUGACCGUCUGAUCGCUGCAGAGAGGCGCCUCCAUCGGCAGGGUCUGCUGGCGUCGCACCCCUUGGAGCAGACCUACUUCAGAAAGGACAUCUUCUUUGGAGCUGUUCAGGAUGACCACAUACCGUUCCUCCAUAGAGGCGUUCCCGUGCUCCACGUCAUUGCCACGCCCUUCCCAAAGUUCUGGCAUACGCUGGACGACACGGAGGAAAACAUGCAUCGACCCACUGUGGAGAACCUGACCAAGAUCAUGGCGGUGUUUCUGGCGGAAUACCUUGGCCUGUGAAAUAACUCGUGACUUACUUCUUUCGACGUUCCCGUCAGCCUCUAAAGCUGCAGCUCCUAAGUGCCAGCGGAGGCUGUGACGGUGGUCCGGAGCACGAGUCCACAGGCAGCGUACUGCAUAUGACUUUGGGGGUAAACAAACCUACAAGCCCAGCUCGUCAUCUACGGGGACCGACUGGAGCUGAGUCAGGAUCUUGGAGUCUCCGUCCAUAUCGUCGGGAUGCCCCAGCGGCGAGUGGGCGUCCCGCUCUGGCGAGGGGCUCCCCAGCAGCAGCGACUCGCCCCCCGGGAGGCCCAGCAACGCCGGGUCUACAGGUAGGUGUCCUUUCCCCCGCCCGUCAAACAGAGUCGCUGAGGCAGAAAGGGGCAGGGGGUUCCAGGCCGACUGGUGCAGGUGCAUGUUGGGCGUCAGGCCGCCAUACAUGGGACUGAGGGUGAGCAUGCUCUCCGGCGAGAGCGCGUUCAACAUGGCGGGGGCCACCGGCUGGUCCACCAGCGUGUUGGGUUGAGGAACCACGGUCGCCUGGUCGGUGGCGCCCCCGCUCUCCGCCGCGUACGUGUUGAUGAAGUUCAUGGGGGGCGUCGUGAGGACGCUGGCGGGCUGCUCCGGCUGGGGGGCGACGGGAAGUGUGAGAGCAGGACUCACGCCAUUGGUGGAAACAUCAGGAACUGGUUUCAGAGGCAGACUGGUGAGCUGGAAGCCGGCCGGGAUGGUUAAGAUGAGUUUGCCUUGCUGGACGCUCAAGUAGGGGCUUCCACCCAGGAGGAGGUUACCUAGCAUGGACGUAAACAACACAUCAGUUGUCGUGGCCAUUUUUAGUUGUGCAUUUAAGCCAGGGGUCGGGAACCUUUUUGGCUGAAAGCCAAAUAUUUUAAAAUGUAUUUCCGUGAGAGCCAUAUAAUAUUUUUUAACACUAAAUACAGCUAAAUACGUGCAAUUUUAAGUAAGACCAACAUUUUUAGAGUAUAAUAGGUCUCCUAUUCUUUUUAAUAACAUUGUUAUUAUAUAAUAAUAAUGUAUCUAUUAUAUGUACAAGAGCAAAAAACAUUAUCGAGGACAGCACACACCCUGGCUUCCACCUGUUCGACUUGCUACCAUCAGGCAGGCGCUACAGGUGCAUCAGUGCCAGAACAAACAGGCUCAGAGACAGCUUCUUUCCCAAAGCUGUCACCAUAUUGAACUCUAACUUAUAAUAAUAAUAAUAAUUCACCCCUGUACAAUAUCCUACCCUAAUACCCUACUGUGCAAUACUACCCUUCGAGUGCAAUACGUCCGUCACUGAUUGUUAUCUAUUACUUCGGUACUCUUGUCUUGCUCUGUAUAUUGUACAGUAUUUGUAUUUCGUACUUCUAUAGUGUUUUGUAUAUUGUACAGAAUUGCUUAUUAUUUUUAUUGGAUAGUAGUCUGUUUAUUUCAAUUGUUAGUUUUUCCUUUUUACCUCUUAUGUCAUUUAUUUCACCCCAUAUUUGUUCCCACUACCGCACCUUAAGUUGGAGUCUUUAAUCUCGUUAUAUGCAAAUAUAAUGACAAUAAAGUUCAUUCUAUUCUAUUCUAUUAUUCUAAAGCUAACCAAUAUUAAAUAUAAUAUUUCUUCCCAUUAAUGCAACUUCUUGAACAGGUGGGAUAGAAAAUGGAUGGUUGGAUUAAAAUGAAUGACAAUGUUUUAUAAUUUGGACGUCAUUUAAAGCACUGUGAUUACCAGCAGAAUUAUUCAUGACUUAUCGUGUUAAGCAAUGUCAGCUAAGAUUUAUCAGAGAGCCAGAUGCAGUCAUCAAAAGAGCCACAUCUGGCUCUAGAACCAUAGGUUCCCUACCCCUGAUUUAAGCGAUUGGAAAAACAUGAAUAAUUAUGGCCAAUUACUUAUUUAUUUUCUAAUCUCGUCUAAAAAUGCUUGGAAAAGUAUAUUUAAAUGUAACUACCGUAUUUUCCGCACUAUAAGGCGCACCCUCAAUGAAUGGCCUAUUUUAAUAUUUGUUAUAUAUAUAUAAGGCACACCGCAUUAUAAGGCGCAUAGAAUAGAUGCUACAGUAGAGGCUGGGGUUACGUUCUGCAUCCUUUAGAUCAGGGGUGCCCACACUUUUUCUGCAGGCGAGCUACUUUUCAAUUGACCAACUCGAGGGGAUCUACCUCAUUUAUAUUUAUUUAUUUAUGAAAGAGACAUUUUUGUAAACAAGUUAAAUGUGUUUAAUGAUAAUACAAGCAUGUGUAACACAUAUAGAUGUCUUUCUUUCACAAAGACAAGAAUAUAAGUUGGUGUAUUACCUAAUUCUGAUGACUUGCAUUGAUUGGAAUCAGACAGUAAUGAUGAUAACGCCCACAUUUUCAAAUGGAGGAGAAAAAAAGUUGUCCUUUCUGUACAAUACCACAUGAAAGUGGUUGGUUUUUGGCAUCUAAUUCAUCCAGCUUCCAUACACUUUACAAGAAAAACAUUGGCGGCAAAUUCCGU